AUGACCCUCUCAGCCAAAUACGGCGCCCAGAUCGCCUCCAAGACCAUCCUGGUCACAGGAGUGUCUCCCACGAGCAUCGGCUCUGCCUUCGUCAACGCCUUAGCCGCGUCGUCACCUUCUUUACUCAUCCUCGCUGGGCGCAAUGCCUCCAAGCUGUCCCAGACGUCCAGUUCUAUAACUGACGCUCAUCCGACCGUUCGCGUUCGUACUCUGCAGCUCGACCUGUCGUCCCUUGAGUCUGUGAGACGGAGCGCCGAGGAGCUGCUUUCGUGGAACGACGUCCCGGCCAUAGAUGUGCUUGUCAACAAUGCUGGUGUGAUGGCUACUGGGUAUGCCCUUUCGCAAGAAGGGAUUGAGAGCCAGUUUGUCGCAAAUCAUCUCGGUCACUUCCUCUUUACCAAUCUCAUCAUGCCGAAACUACUGACAGCUGAGGCACCGCGCGUUGUCGCAGUCGCGAGCGAUGGCCACAGGCUAAGUCCUAUCCGCUGGGACGACUUGAACUUUGAUGGCGGCAAGACAUAUGACAGGUGGAGAGCCUACGGCCAGUCCAAGACGGCAAACAUGCUCUUCGCGCUCUCACUCUCUCGUAAGCUCGCCGCGCGUGGCCUUCAGGCGUAUAGCGUCCAUCCGGGCGUCAUUCUCGACACAGGACUCGCCAAUCACCUUGACGGGUCCAGUUCCGGCGAUUUCGCUGCGCUAUCGUCCUUGGACAAGGCAAUGGGCAACGCAGAGGGCUGGAAAGGCUUUGACGCCAUCUCGCGGGAACAGGCUGCGGCGACACUCCUGCACGCUGCCUUUGACACGGGACUGAAACAGCACAACGGCGAGUAUCUCAUCAGCUGCCGGGUCGCGGAUCCUUACAGGGACACCGUCAGGGCGUGGGCGGUGAGCCAAUUUGAGGCGGAGAGGCUGUGGGAGCUUAGCGAGAAGCUGGUCGGCGAGACGUUCAGCUACAAGGGUCUGCGCGCAUAG